AUGUAUAGUAAAAUUGAAGAUUUAUCUAUUGAACUUUGGUUAGAAAUAUUUACUUAUUUAAAAAUUCGUCAUCAAUUUAAUGCUUUUUUUAAUUUAAAUAAAAGAUUUAAUCAAAUUCUAUUAUCUUAUCAAAAUCAUUUCACUUUGAAAAAUAAUAAUGAAGAUACUCAAUAUUUAUUAAAAUAUGUUAUACCAUAUUUAACACAUCGUAACAAUGUUAGUGGUUUACGAUUAGAAAAAACAAAUAAAAUUGAUCUUAUUUAUAAUACCAAAUUAUUAUAUUUUCCUUGUCUUACUACACUUUUUAUUCAUCGUUUACAUAUUACAAAUGAUUUUCUUAAUUUAUUUCAACAAAAUUCUAUUCAUCUUCGAUAUUUAAAUAUAAGUUCAAUUGUAUCUGGUAAUAAAAUAUUGUUAUAUCAAUUACUUGAAAAAAUUCUAUUACUAUCAAAUUUACAAAUAUGUCAUCUACGUUUAGGAAUAAGUAUGUCUUCAAAUCAAUUACAAAUUUCAUCAAAAAGUUCAAUUAAAAAUUUAAAAUUAAUUGGAACAUAUGAAAAUUUAUUUAUCGAUAGACUUACUAAUUUAUUACAAUAUUUACCAUAUUUACAAUCUUUACAUAUAAUAACUAAUCAAAUAAAUUUUUCGUCAACAAAAAAUAUAUGUUGUCUAGUUCCAAUAUCUAAUUUUACAUUAAAUAUUAGUGAAUUUAAUAUUUCUUUUGUACAAUUAACAAAUUUUAUAUUAUGUGUAACACCAAAUGUACAAGAAUUUAAAAUAAUAUGUCGUAAUUCGAUUCAAAAUAUAAACUAUUUAAAUUAUCAAGAAUGGAAGAUAUUUAUUCAAUCAUUAUCAUAUUUGAAAAAAUUAACUCUUGAUAUUCAUCGUAGUAAUAAUAUUGAUGAACAAAUAUGGAAUAAGAAAUGUGAAAUUUUAAAUAAUUUAAUGAUUAAAAAUCAUAUUAUUUUACAUAUUGGCAAAUAA